AUGAAUACAAUACUCAAUAACAGCAACACAUCAAAUACAUCAAUGCAAAAACAAACUGAGUUUCAAACGAUGCAAUUAUGUCCUGACAUGUCUUCUCCAAAUGGAAUUUUCCAUCGAAGUGAAGACAUUUACGAGACGACAACCGACACAGUAAUGAACAAAUUACGUGACGUAUUGACCCUCUCUCCUCAUGAAGAAAUGAAUUGGGAACAAGCUUUCAACGUAUGGAAUAGUUUACAUACUUUGAGUACAUCGAAACAAUUCCUUCCUGACUUUCCGGAACAAAUGGGCACGAUUAUGAAAUAUGUGACAUUUACUGCUCAAGAAUGCUUUAAAUUCGAGUCACAAUUUGCAGAAAAAGCCUCAACCUUCGAUAAGGUAAUUACCGAAAUGGCAGCCAUUUUAAGAAACUGUUCCGAGAAUGAAGCUUGUAGAGCAAAGUUACACUCGUAUUCUUCCGAUAUGAUGUUCUUUGUUGGAAUUGUCAUUCGAAUCGAACAUUUCAAUAAGAAACGAUCAAACGUACUGAGUCUCUUUGAUGAAAAUUUCAAAUUUAAUUGGAGUUUUCCAGAAACAGACGAGACUCACAUGUUGACGUCCAUAUCUUACUGCAUCAACAACUUGUGGUUAUCAACAGAUAAGUCACAAAUUGCUCUUUCGGAAAACUAUUUUGGAAUCAUGGCCGAUGCAUUGUUGCAACUCUUUUGUAUCGCUCAAGAUCGAAAAUCUUUGGAAUUAUUGCAUCAAGUGUUUUCAGUCCUGUAUGACACCCUCAUCAAUAAUCCAAACAAGACAUGUUCAAAGAAGACAAUCGAAGCAUUUUCCAAGUUUCUCACGAACAAUUCUUUGGUCUUGACUGAGCAUUUCACCAUGUUCAACAAGAGAAUGAGUUUGUUGACAUCGUCCGAGUCCAAUUAA